AUGUGCCAUCACCAAGGAAGUGCCGAAGGUGGUACUGCUGAUGACGAGAUGGAGCCGAUGAUGGCGGUGGCGGUAGAGAAGAAGUUAGGUUUAUGCGCAACACUCGGUACCCACCUAAAAUGGGCUGAUCUUGUAUGUAUCAACAUUCAUCCAAAGGUUGUCUUUAGGUACCACCAUUCAAUCGCCGAUGGGAUUGCCAUUUUUCGACUCUUCUGCAAGGACUUCAUCGAUAAAACGACGACAGACGUUACAAACGUGUGGAAGUAUGAUUCUGCUGAUAAACGGUCCUUGUGGAGAAUUAUCGGUUGGAAGAAUGUUUUUAGGGUGAUGAUAAGAGGUCCAUGUUUUCUGGUAAACGAAUUAUUUCUAAAAAGAGAGGACAAUCCUUUCCACGGUUCAAAACCAAGCAUGGACAAAAUCAUCUGCUGGGGCGGAGAAACUCCUGCAAAAGACGUCUGUUCGGCUCCAUUGAUAAGCGUUAUCAAGAAAGUAAAACUGCUAACUGUCGGAUGCAGUUUUACCGACGUCUUCUUGACGGCUUUGGCGAUGAGCCUUCGUUCAUACUUUAAAAGGAAAAGCGUACAUAUUCCAGAGUCCAUCACCGUCGCGAGGAUGCAACGAUUUCAACGGGAAUCAAAGGCAAUUCGAUUGUCCAAUCGUUCUACAGGUGUGUUUCAAACAUUGCCCAUUGCAGAUUUGCCAAUUGCAGAGGCAAAGCUCACUACUAUCUCGAAGCUGGUAUCACAAAUAAAUGCCGUAAAGGACAGUAAUAACAAUAAGAUGCAGUCCUUUGCUGAAGCUUUGAUAUCGUUCUUCAGCGUUUCGUACCUGCCAGAGCUGCUUCCUGCUAGAAUUAUGCGUGCUAUAUUUGCACAAAGCAAAUUUUCCAUUGCAUUGUCGAAUAUACCCGCCUUCGAGAGCGCUAUUUCUGUGGAAAACUAUUUUCUAAAGGAGGCGGCGUUUUGGGUUCCUAACAUAGAACAUAAUAUGUUUGGAGUGUCUGUUUUAACGACGAACGGUCGCUUGCAGAUAGGUUUAAUCGCUGAUCGAAAGAUAAUGCCGCAUGAAGAGGACUUAGAGAUAAUACUACAAGGAACGUUUAAACAAUUAGAAAAUAUGCAUAACAUUUUACAACGUAGCGCUCAAUAG